AUGUUUUUGUUUAUUUUUCAUCAAGUUUUAAACAAAGUUUAUUUUGUUUAUUUUCAAGUUUUACUUAAUGUUGGUUGUUUUCAAGUUUUUUUUAUUUGUUUAUGUUUAGGUUUUGUUGUUCAAGUUUUGUUUGUUUUCCCAAGUUUGUUUUCUAAUGUUUAUUUUCAAGUUUAUUUUCUUCAUGUUUUGAUCCAAGUUUGUUUUCAUGUUUUGUUCAACAAUUUUCUUCUUUAUUUUCCAUAA